CCGAGGGGCCCACAGGGCCGCAGGCACCGCUCUGGGACCGCCGCCUCCCGCCCGCCCCUGCGCAGUCCGCCCGAGCGGGCCCCGGCGCUGGGAGAGUCCGCUCUGCUGACUGCAAGCUAAGCCAUUGGUGGUGGCACCCCAGAGCCAUAUUCUCCUAGAGAUUUGCAGUUGUUAAGAGAAGAGAGCAGUCAUCUAGAAGUUGUCUCUCUUCAUUGCAGCCCCACGGGCCUGGGGUUUUGCUGAGGAGCACUUGGUUGUUGGAAAUCUCCCUUCAAAGGACUCACGAUGGAGACAUCAAAUGGAGCGACAAACUCUUCUGAAGUGGUGGUGGUGAAGCCAUCUGGUUCAUCCACCAAUCCUCCGGCGCGUGUGUCUAGUGUGCAGAAGGUUGUGUCAAGUGAUGGGGAGAUGGAAGCAAUCUCUCCUGCUUCGAAACCUCACCCACCAGUAGUGGGCAAAGUCACUCAUCACAGCAUUGAAUUAUACUGGGAUCUGGACAAGAAAUGCCAAAGAAAAGGACCUCAGGAACAGUGGCUAAGGUUUUCAAUUGAAGAGGAGGACCCCAAAAUGCAUACUUAUGGUAUCAUUUAUACGGGCUAUGCAACAAAACAUGUUGUCGAGGGUUUGGAACCUAGAACAUUGUACAAAUUCCGAUUAAAGGUCACCAACCCUUCUGGAGAAUAUCACUAUAGUCCAGUCGUCUCCGUAUCUACAACCAGAGAGCCCAUGAGUAGUGAGCAUUUCCAUCGAGCUGUAAACGUGAAUGAUGAAGAACUGCUUGUCCGGAUACUUCAAGGAGGCCAUGUUAAGGUUGAUGUUCCCAAUAAGCUCGGCUUUACCGCCCUAAUGGUGGCUGCCCAGAAAGGUUACUUACGCCUGGUGAAAAUCCUGAUUAGUAACGGGACUGACGUGAACUUGAAGAAUGGAAGUGGGAAGGACAGUCUGAUGCUUGCUUGUUAUGCUGGACAUCUGGAUGUUGUCAAGUAUCUCAGAGAACAUGGGGCCUCUUGGGAGGCCCGUGACCUGGGAGGCUGCACAGCCUUGCACUGGGCCGCUGAUGGAGGUCACGCCAACAUCAUUGAAUGGAUGAUUAAGGAUGGUUGCAAGAUUGAUGUUUUAGAUACAGGUUCAGGAUGGACACCACUGAUGAGAGUGUCUGCGGUAUCGGGAAACAAAGAGGUGGCUUCCCUCUUAAUUGACGCUGGAGCAGAUGUGAACGUGAAAGAUAAAGAUGGGAAGACACCCUUAAUGGUGGCUGUAUUAAAUAAUCAUGAAGAAUUGGUUCAGUUACUUUUAGAAAAAGGAGCAGAUCCAAGUGUUACAAACGAGUUUGGCAAAGGUGUCCUGGAGAUGGCUCGAGUGUUUGACAGACAGAACGUAAUAACCUUAUUAGAAGACCAGAAGAGAAAUCUCAGCCUGAAGAAGCCCUCUUUCUUAAGCUGAGCUGUGAGCUGCUUUUCUCAAGACGUCCACAUGAAGGACACGGAACCAAGGGCGUGGGGCUUUAGACAAGUCCUCUGGCUGGGAAGGAAGGUUGUGAUACCAAUUGCUUAUUUAGUUGUAGAUUCUCGGUGACUUUUUGGAACAUACAACUCUUCUCAUGUUCAAAUACAUCUUUUUAGCUACACAUUCA